GGAGCAUCGGGAGGUGUGACAUACGCGGCACGCCAAUGUGCACACAACACAAGCGCACCGACCACCUUAAGAAAGGAUAAUCUCCCCUCCCUCCGGAGUGUCCCCAAACCCCAUACCCCCAGCGGGAAUUCGAAGCUAAUCAGUGAACUGCAACGCUCUCUUUUGGGACGUUUUGUUGAAGACAGACGCGAACAUGAUGUGGGACGAGUGGGACGACAAUGCAACUGAUCACGAACAGCCCGACCAAGAUUCCCACCUUAAUUUCGAUUUUCUCUCUGCGCUGUCUAAGCCCAAGGAUUACUACAAGAUAUUAGAGGUGGAUUAUGAUGCUACGGACGAUGCCAUUCGAUCCAGUUACAUUCGCCUAGCGCUGAAAUGGCAUCCGGAUAAGAAAAAAGACCAGGACAGCGCGACUUCCAGAUUCCAAGAGAUAAACGAGGCCUACCAGGUUUUGAGUGAUCCUGCCAAGAGGAGAGAAUAUGACACGAAAGGAAUGCUAUAUGCCUAUGAUUAUAAUAUAAUCGAGUAUCUCCACCGUUACAAAGGUCUUAUAUUGACAUGCAAUGGUCUUGGGAUAAAGCAUUCAAUAUGGUAAGCGAGACAAGAUGCACAGAUAUCCUUCACUACAUCUUGGACAAACUUUCAUGGUGCCUGCAUAUAUUUGCCAACACUUCAACUUCAAGGAGCAUGGCUGGCGAGAAGGGGAAGGGGGUGGGCUGUUAAUAUCAUGUUAUGCUUGUGUACAAAUGAAAAGCUCACCAACAUGUUGUAACAUCUCUUACCUACCCAUUUACCUCUUCUUGGAGCUCUGCUGACUAUAUAUAACCUUUUUAUAUACUGUCGCUGUGGAGGAAUGGAUUAUCUUCUAUUCGCUUUUA